AUGGGAAAUUUAUUCGUGAAGAAACCUCAGAUCACGGAGGUUGAUCGAGCCAUUCUCUCUCUCAAAACCCAGAGACGCAAGCUCGGCCAAUACCAGCAGCAGCUUGAGAAAGUAAUUGAAGCUGAGAAGCAAGCUGCUAGAGAUUUGAUCCGAGAGAAUCGAAAGGAGAGAGCUUUGUUAGCUUUAAGGAAGAAACGGACGCAAGAAGAGUUGUUGAAGCAAGUUGAUCAAUGGGUCAUCAAUGUUGAACAGCAAUUGGCGGAUAUUGAGCUUACGAGCAAGCAAAAGGCUGUGUUUGAGAGCUUGAAGCAAGGGAGCAGUGCUAUUAAAGCGAUUCAGAGCGAGGUUGACCUUGAUGAUGUUCAGAAACUUAUGGAUGAUACUGCUGAUGCUAAAGUUUAUCAAGAUGAGUUGAAUGCUAUUUUGGGGGAGAAACUAUCAGCAGAGGAUGAAGAAGAGAUUUUAGCAGAAUUUGACAACUUAGAAAGUCAGCUUGCUGUUGAUGAGAUGCCUGAUGUGCCUACAAAGGAGCCUGACGAAUCUGAGAAGCUGGAUCUUCCGGAUGUGCCAACCAGAAGACCUGUCGUUUCCAAUGCGGAGAUCACACCAGCUGAAUCAGCCACAAAGAGAAAAGUUCUUGAAGAACCUUUGCCAGCUUGA